AUGGUGUGUGGUAUGGGGAGAUUGUGGGUUUGUAUUUUGAUAUGGGGGUUGGGGUGGUGGGUUGUGUGUUUUUGUUGGAUGGGUGGGGGGUUGAUGGGAGUGUUGGGGAUGGUUGUUUGGUGGGGUUGGGUGGGGGGUGAGGGGUGUGUGUUGUUUGUAGGGGGUGUGGGGGGGGGGGGUGGAUUGAGUGUGUGGGGGGUUGGGGGGGGUUGGGUGGGGGGGGUGGGGGGGUGUGGGGGGAUGUUGGUGUUUGGGGGGUGGGUGGGGGUAUUGUGGGGGGGGGUGGGGUGGGUGGUUUGGGUUUGGGGGGGUGGGGGGGGGGGGUGGUGGGUUUUUUGGGUUUUGGUGGGGUGGUGUGUGGGGUUGGUGUGUUGGGGUGGGGGGUUGUGGGGUUGGUUGGUUGGUGUGGGUUGGGGUUGGGGUUUGUUUUUGGGGUUGGUGGUGUGUGUGGGGGGGGUGUUGUUGGUUUGGGGUUGGGGUGGGGUGUUUGGGUGGUGGUGUGUUGGGUUGGGGGGUUGGGGAGAUUGUUUUAUGGUGGGUGAUGGGGGGUUUAUUGUGAUGUUUGGGGUUAUGGGGUAA